AUGACUUUAGAUGACUACUCUACUGCUUACAAUACCCCGUUCCAAUUCAAGUCGUCUGCAAAGAAUUUAUCCCUUCCCAUAUGUGAAAUUGCAAUACAUGGACGAGACAAACAACCACUUCCGAUUGCCAGUCAAAUCCCAUACGCUAUGACACUGGAGACCGAAGUCUCUAUUUUUAUUCGCCUAAUAAAGGAAGAG